CUGCUCACUGUAGUUUGGAGCGCAAGGGGCAGGCGAAGUGGAGUAGUGUGUGAGAAAAUGGCAGACGUCUCUUUGGAUGAAGUCAUUCGACGGCGAGGUAUUAACCUCAAAGCUCCGGUUAAACGGGUUGAACCGAACUACUUUGGUUCUCCCAGACCAAUGUUUGGACGAGGUGCAGGAGGAAUUGGCAGGGCGUUUGAUGCCAGGCAGAAGAUUGGGGUUAAUGAUGUAAGGCACCGACUUGGAGGAGGAACAGGUUUUCAAGUGAAGGACGCCAGAGAAAAGCUUGUCCAGAAAGAUGCUCGCUUCAAAAUCCGUGGCAGAGGAGGAGCUGGUGGGGUGCAGGAUGCUCGUCAGAUGAUUAACUCACGCAAACAGGGGCAGAGUCCGUUCGGCAUCCCUGCACAGCUCACACAGAAGACGGCAGUAACGCACCAACUACCGAGUCAGACGCUUGUGCCGCAGAUACAGAUACACACCAGCAACAACCUUUCUGGUGUGAACACAAGGCAGUUUGGCCCAAAUGCACAAGGACUGAAUGUGAGAGCCAGUGUGACACCACAGCCGAGCAAUAGUAUCAGAAUGACAGAUGCUCGUGAUAGGCUGAGCCUCAAGAGGAGCAUUGGAGGAGCACAGAUACAAGCAGGAGCACCUCCUCUCAAAAUAACCAAAACCAUCCAGCAGCGUCCAGUAGGAAUGUCCAGUGGAAUACGUGCAGCUCCACAGCCGAUCCUAAAUCAGCAUGAUGGCACACUCAGUAAACAAAUGAAGAUCACAACUGCUAACAGUAUGCUACAAUCACGGUCUGGAGUGGUGGGCUCCCCUUUCUCCAUGUCAGCUCCAAUCACAAAGGUGGUUAAAAACGAUGCUUACACAGCCCCGCGUCCUCCCGUCCCAGUGGCCCCCACCCGGCCCAACACUAGCAUGGCUGCCGCCCGCGCCGCCACUGCGGCCUUACAGCCGGUCUCAAGGACCCUUCAGCAAAGCGCGGCAGAAACCAGCCCAGCGGCUCCGACUCCUCCUCAGCCUGCUUUCAGCCCUUUGGAGGGGACAAAAAUAAUGGUGAACAACCUGCACCCCAGGGUCACUGAGGAAGACAUAGUGGAGCUGUUCUGUGUGUGCGGUGCCUUGAAGCGGGCUCGGCUGGUGAAGGUGGGCGUAGCUGAAGUGGUGUUUGUCCGCAAAGAGGAUGCUGUGAGCGCAUACAGAAAGUACAAUAACCGCUGCUUGGACGGCCAACCCAUGAAGUGUAAUCUUCAUAUUCAGGGAAAUGUCAUCACUUCUGAUCAGCCCAUUCUGUUGCGACUCAGUGACACUCCAGGCGCAGGCGGCAGCACGAGGAAAGACGGCCUGCCCGCCUCCUUGUCUCGCCCCGCCGGCCAGCGAGCCUCCUCUCAGCCCACCCCAGAAGUUGACCCCCAGACCAUCCUCAAAGCUCUGUUCAAGUCCACCACGCAGUCCACCACCGAGCCCCCCAGCUCGCAGGCCACCGCCUUCCGCAUCAAGAUAUAGCUCAGCUGUGACGCCACCAGGCCGCGCAUUCAUACUACCGCGUUUUCAGUGUUCACAUUCAAAACUGUUGUGUCAGCAGGCGGCGCGCCGUCUGUCGUCAGGCUGGUUUUUACUCGUUUGAUAUUCAUGAUUGAAAUGAAUAUAACCCUGAAAGAACGUGCUGCAUUAUCCAUUCGGUUUUGUGAUGUUAAAAUUUCACCCGGUAGUUCUUGAAGUGGACCAGUCAAAAAAAUGUUCUGUAAUAUUGUGUCGGGGGGAGCGGCGCCAAAUUCUCUGUCCAGAUUUUCCCAAUUUUUUUUUUUUUGUAUUCUUAAACGUAGUGAUUUUCCAUCUAUUAAAAGGAAUUGACAAAAAAAACAACUUUGACAUUUCUACAUCAGCAUUGUCAUCAUAACUAAAUUAUCAAAUUGUUAAACAAUCAAUCAGUAUCACUGUUUCAUGUUCAUGUGUACGGACUAUAGAAACCCAACAGAUACGUGACCAAACAACGAAACACUUCAACGCAAUGAAUUUCCACAUUUUCAGUUUUCGUAAUUCAUCCGGAUUUCACCAGAAGAUGGUGUUUCACUCAAGACCUCUGAAAAUACUUGUAACAUCAGAAACUGAGACAAAAAUUAUUCUAUACUCUUGAUAAUCCCACCUUUUUUCUUUAAUGGUCACAUUACGUCUGUAUUUUCAUAGCUUUUUACCAGUAGUUUGUCAUCCAGACUCUCAUGCGCUCUGUUUCUGACUGAUUAACCUGGCAGAUUAAUUAAGGAGCUGUAAGUUGUAGAUUCUGCAUUACACUCACUAUUUGGAGUUUUUGUUUUUUCCUGUUUGUUUUUCAUCUCGGUUAAGGAGACACAAGAGGCUUCAGAUCUGUUGGUGAAAUGUUACCAUUAAACAUUUAGCUUUGUA